UGUCACCAUCUCAAACGAUCCCCUUUCUCAUCAUUCAAAAUUUCAAAUCCCAAAAAGAAAAAGAAAAAGGAAAAGGAGAUCUGAAUUCUGACAAUAAUGGCAACCCUCUCUGUUCCAUCUGCUCUCCCUGAUGUCGCCGAAGAUGUUGAGCAACUCCACAAAGCCUUUUCAGGAUGGGGAACGAACGAGGAUUUGAUCAUAACAAUAUUGGCUCACAGGAAUGCUUACCAACGUAAGUUGAUCCGUGAAGUUUACACUUCCACCUAUGGAGAAGAUCUCCUUAAAACACUCGACAAGGAGCUUACUAAUGACUUUGAGAGGAUAGUUCAUUUGUUUACCUUGGAUCCUCCAGAGCGUGAUGCUUUUUUGGCUAAUGAAGCUACUAAGAAGUUCACUUCCAGCAACUGGGUUCUCAUUGAAAUUGCCUGCGCAAGAUCUUCAGAUGAUCUCUUUAACGCUAGGCGAGCCUACCAUGUUCGUUUCAAGAAAUCCAUUGAAGAAGAUGUGGCUCAACACACCACCGGUGACUUCCGCAAGCUUUUGGUUGCUCUGGUGACCUCAUUCAGGUAUGAAGGGCCAGAGGUUAACACGCACCUGGCUAAAUCAGAUGCUAAGAUACUUCAUGAAAAGAUCUCAGACAAGGCUUAUUCUGAUGACGAUCUCAUCAGAAUCAUCGCUACAAGGAGCAAAGCGCAGCUCAGCGCCACGCUCAACACCUACAACAAUUCCUAUGGUCAUGCUAUUACCAAGGAUCUUAAGGAGGAUCCUAAGGAUGAUUUCUUGAAGUUGCUGAGGGCAACUAUCAAGUGCCUGACCUGCCCUGAAAAAUACUUUGAGAAGCUUCUUCGACUUGCUGUAAACAAGAUGGGAACAGAUGAAUCGGCUCUGACUAGAGUUGUGGCUACCCGGGCAGAAGUGGAUAUGCAACGCAUCAAGGAAGAGUAUUACCGCAGGAACAGCGUUCAUCUUGAUCAUGCUAUUAAGAAGGAUACUCAUGGUGACUAUGAAAAAAUGCUGAUUGAGUUAGUUGGUGCUGAGAAUGCUUGAGCAACUCUACCUAAGAAUGGGGACAACCUGGUUGAGAUUUUAUUUUUGUUUUCGGCUCCUGUUAUUGUUGGUUUUUUCUGUUUUUAUUGUACUUCAGAAAUAUGGUUGAAUAAAGGUUACAUGGGUUGUUCUGCUAA